AUGGCGCGCUCAGACGCUAUAGCCAUAGCCACGAACCGCGCAGUCUCUCGCCUGACUGAGUCACCGGCACCGUCGUCAAGGAGUGAUUCACUUGGCCCGGGCGAAUCGGAUAAGGAGAACCACUCGAGUAGCAGAUCGAUUCAGAAGCGGCGAAGCAAUCACCAACAAAUGGAUUCUCCAGAUGUACAGAAUACGGCCAAAAGGAGAAGGACAGAGCAGCGGACUCAGCAAAGUCAGAAAACGGGCGACAAAAUUGACACCACCUACUACGAUCCAAAGCAAGACCCGGAGGAACGACGACAUACUAAGCGGAAAAUCCGAGAGCUUCAUACAGAUCUCAACGACCAUCGACAGGAGUACCUGCAGGCCAAUUCUUCAGGACUGGUGGACACUGUCAACAAGGCCAAUGAGUACUUCAAGAAUGUCAAGCAAACAGCAGACGCCGCUGUUGACGCACGUUUACUUGUUGCUGCGGCUGAUCUAUCAUACAAGAAGAUCAACACCCUGACGCUAGGCGAUUCAUCGGUCGGCAUCGAUGUUGAUGACUUCGUCACAAAAUGCAUCGCGUUUAUGAAGCGGCCAGAAACCGGAGAGGACGAGGAGGAGCAAGCGCGUCCUGCAAGCACUCAGACUCAGCGAAAUAGACGGAGACGAACACAAGCAGAAGACGACGACGAAGAUGGGGAUGGCCCUAUGAACUGGGAAUAUCUCGGUCGGCGUGCGUGCAAUGUGUACAAUUCACGUCCUGCCCUCUCUGGCUUCCUGCUCGGACCCUUGUCUGUCGAGAAAAAAGUCCGGCAAAUCACGCAACGACGGGCGCGAGAAGCCCGUGGAGAGCCAACACAAACGAGUCGAACUCUGCAAUUGACCGAAGAAGAGCUCGACAACCAAGAGAAGCAAAACUUGACUGUCAUCUGCGGUCAGAUCCUAAGCAUAUUGAACGAUUACCAAGAUGCUGCCUCCAGGAGCGUUACAGCAGAGUACGAAGAACGCCACACAGCAGACAUGGACGACGAGGAGACGCAAAAGUUGGUAGAAUCGCUGAUGGACAAGUAUCACAUCAUGUCGAACGGCGCAGUGCCACUGUUCCAAUUUUGUGUCAAUCCAAAAUCAUUCGGCCAAACAGUGGAGAAUUUGUUCUAUGUCAGUUUUCUGGUCAAGGAAAGCAAAGCAUGGCUAGGGUAUGAUGCACACGGCAUGCCGACGAUAGGCGUGGCGGAAGAACGGCCUCUCGCUGAGCGACAAUUAGCACAGCGGAAUCAGGCUGUGUUCACAAUAUCAUUCGAUGUUUGGGAGACUGUGUCGGAAAGUUUUGGUAUUGACAAGUGUAUUAUACCUCAUCGAAGCGAUCAGGUGUAUGACGAUGGAGUCCUCGCAGAGCCGGCCCCGAAUGGUGAUGGAGGCGAAGAUCCUGACAUGUACGAUUAA